AUGCAGACCUGUGGCGCCCCGCAGCUGCGCGGGCCCCGUGCGCGCCCCCGCGCGUGCUCGUCUGCUGCGGCUCCGCACCCCUCCCGCGCCGGCGCCCCUUGGCCGACGGCGCCCGGCUCCUGCCGCGCGGCGACCGCUGCCCCCUCGCGGCGCUGGACCGUGGCCCGCGCCGCGCCGGGCCGCAACGGCGGCGGCGAUGAUGACGCGGCGGGCGGCGGCGCGUUUGGCGACAAGUGGGAGAACUUACUGUCGGUGCACCACACGCUAUCGUCCCUGUACACCCCAAAGGUGACCCUGGAGCCGUUCAAACAGAUCGACCACGCGGCGAAGCGGCGGGAAAGGGAGCUGCGGGAGAUCUGCGAGGCGGGCCGCAAGCUGGGCGUGUCGGACGAGGCCGUCAGGGCCAACGCCGCGUCACUGGAGAGCCUGGUGCCUGGCUUGGCCCCAAACCUCGACAAAAUGAAGGCCUCAGACUGGGCGAAGCUUUUGAAGGACACCAGCCGCGUGGUGGCCACAGUUAUUGCGCUGAGGGGGGCGCUGCCCUCGGCCGACCUGGGUGCCAUGAUAUCCCGCCAGCCGCGGCUGCUGCUGCGGGAGCCUGGCGCCCUGACAGAAGACGUGCGGCAGGUGAAGGCGCUGCUGUCGCGCUGCCCCAACGUGGACGCCAUACUGCAGGAGGUGCCCGACCUCAUCAGCCCCCGCGAGCUGGAGCAGGCCCUGGCCAACUUGCGGCGCUGCUUCCCCAAAGAAGAUGCCAUGGCGCUCCUGCAGGCCAACCCCUCGAUCCUGCGCAACAUCGGGGGCGAGGUUGACCUGGAGGCGGACCCGUCAUACGGUGAGAUGACCACCGCGGGGUGA